UAGAGAUAUUGGCCCACUCCUACUUCAUAUAAUGCGUUGUUAGCACCUUACGUGUCUGUUAGAUCAGCUCGGAAGGUGAAGGACUGCAAAUGCUGCCCAGGUAUUACCUCAGGGGCCAACGUGGGGCUGAGCAUCUCCAAUUCCCACCCACAUUUGGACUGGCCACUGUCUCUGCAUCCACAGUUGUGUUCAAUAUAUCAAACCCACGUUGGCUUAUGGGAUCAAUCAGUGCCUGACUCAUUUGGCAUUCAAUAUUGCUUAAAUUCUGUUCAAUAUACAUGUACCACCGCACAAAUAAACAAACAGUGCUGCAGAUCAGAGUGCUCUUCAACCCUGAUGCAUCAAUGGGGUUAAUCAAUACUAGAGAAACCAGGCAGAAUAGCAAGGGGAACUGAAAACAGAAGCUGAGAACACCACUCAAAUGAGAGAACUGAUGUCAGUCUCGGGUAAGAGAAACUCUGGUAUACUUGCCAGAAAUCAUAAAGCAACUUCAGAGAAGGAGAAGAAAUGACUCAGUCUCAUUGGAUAUUGUUAUUUUUCCUAUUCAAAAUGAAAGAGGCUCCAAAGUGCCAUGGCGAACUCCUUAAUUCCUGUGAAAAGGUCAACACCCAUGAGGUUUCCGCUGCUUUGGGUAAAACUGCAAAGUUAAACUGCUCUGUUCCAAGCACAGAAAUGUGUCGGUACAGAAUGAAAUGGGUGAGCUAUACAUCAGCCAGUGCCAAACCAUACACACUGCAGAUCUGGCCACCCCUUUCACGACAGUCACAGCAUUUGCAUGGGGAACGGCUAACCUUUCUAUGGGGAGAGGAGGGUGUGGAAGUGAGGAACUGGACCCUCUCCCUGAGAGAUGUAAGGAAGAACGACUCUGGAACAUAUACCUGUCAGGUCUGGAGUGGAUGGCAGUGCGUUAUGGGCACACGUGUCAUUCUUAAGGUCAAAGAGUGUGAAGUUCUAAACCCUAUCGCUGCAUUACACAAGACAACAGUCAUCCUGCCUUGCCCCUUUACAAGCUAUCAAGGAAACACCCCAACCCCUGAAGUCAGUUGGUUUUUGGGUCCGGAAGGCCAGGGGUCCCUCAUACUUCACCAUCCUCCUACACCAUCUUCCCCAAACUCCAGUGGCCCCAUUCCAUUGCAAGGACGAGUCAGAUUUUCAGGAGAUCUUAAUUCAGGCAAUGCAACAUUAACUAUUUCUGAGCUAAAUUUGAAUGACACUGACUGGUACCGGUGCAUACUGCACAUGGGGGAAAACAGAAAGAUUUGUAAGGAAAUGAGGCUCCAUGUGAGAGAUUUGCCUGGAUCAGAGGUGACCUUGACAACUGGCACAAUAAAUGUGUCUAUGAAGGCUAAUGCCAAUGAGGAGACUGGUGGAAGUCCCGCUGUUGUGGUGGUCUCAGUUUUAUCAGUGUGUGUUGCUGUGGCAGUGGCUGGAGCCUACAUCAGAUACCGCAAAAACCCAAUCUCAGUUGAAGACAACCUUGAGGAUGAGCCCUAUGAAAAUAUAAACCGUACUCGAGACUCAGCUUUUUUGCCUGAUACUCUUUAUACGCUUGCUCAAUGCGAUACACAGGAUGCUGGAAGCCACUAAAAAGGAGACAGCUGGCAUGACUUUUCAGUUGAAUUAUUUGUUGUUGUUUUCAUAUCUACCCUGACAGUUCAUACAUGUAUACAUAGGGCGGCAGUGUAGCACAGUGGGUAAGGAACUGGGCUUGUAACCGAAAGGUCGCAGGUUCGAUUCCCCGGUAAGGACAAUGCCGUUGUACCCUUGAGCAAGGUACUUAACCGAAAUUGCUUCAGUACAUAUCCAGCUGUAUAAAUGGAUGCAAUGUAAAAUGCUAUGUAAAAGUUGUGUAAGUCGCUCUGGAUAAGAGCGUCUGCUAAAUGCCUGUAAUGUAAUGUAAUGUAAUGUACGGGAUGAAUUUGUUUGUUGUAAAUUAAGAAAAGAAAAAAAUGUAAGUACAUCUUUUUUUGAUUUGUGAACCAUAUGGUGUCUUACAUGUCCUUGCAAUGCAUGUCGGUAUAUUUCUAAAUGUUGUCAUGAAAUUAUAAGAACAUUUUAAAUUUAAAUAUAUGUAUAGAUUAUACACUCAUCUAUUAAUACUUAACCCUUCAAAUAAGAAAUAAUUGAGUGCGAGAAAAUAAAAUCCAACUCUCAAAGCCUGAAGUUGAUUUUGUCUACUGCUGUCAUAUAUUUUUAUUGUAACGUUUUAGUCAGAUGAAUGAUUAGAUACUUGUCACAUGAAUAUACAUGUAGGCAAACAACCUUUAGAAAGAGGAACUAAUUGUCUGUAACAGCCCUCAUUUACAGCUUUUGAGUUUCUUCUCUAAACAGUUUGAAGGAACAUAGCUGUCAGUAGUUAAGUGCC